AGGCAUCGGGCCCCCAGGCAGAGCGGUGGGCGCCAGACCCCCAGGCGGGAGCGACAGGUCUCGGGCCCUCAAGCGGGAGCGGCGGGCGCCGGACCCCAAGGUGGAGCGACAGGUCUCGGGCCCUCAGGCGGAGCGGCGGGCGCCGGACCCCCAGGCGGAGCGACAGGUCUCGGGCCCCCAGGCGAAGCGGCGGGCACCGAGUCACCAGGCACGACAGUGGGCUCCGAGUCAACUGGCAUGACCGCUGGCACUGGGUCAGACAUUGGAUCGUCUGGCUGGACAGCGGGCAUCGGGUCACCAGGCAUCAGGUCAUUUGGCUCGACAGCGGGCACCGCGUCAUCUGGCAAGGCAGUGGGCUCCGAGUCAACUGGUAUGACCGCGGGCACUGGGUCAGACAUUGGAUCGUCUGACUGGACAGCGGGCAUCGGGUCACCAGGCAUCAAGUCAUUUGGCUCG